GGGAGGAGCCUUAUAGAGCAAGGCGAGGUCCCGGAGGGAAGGCAGCGGAUAUCAUUCACCUGGGUCUUUAGCAGCCCUGGCCGCCGCCCUAGGAUUGCUAUUAACCGGGAUGCUGAUCUGUUUCUUCUUGGAGACCCUGGGUAAAGGCUGCACAUUCAUUGCAGUGCUGCUGGUAGCUUUUCAGUGGACUUCAGAAGCAGCAAGACCUCUGGAAAGAAAAGCUGCAGCUGUGGGAUCCUCAGUGCUGCUGUCUGCACCGGACAACAUAACAGACAUCAACUUCAUCCAGUGGGAAUAUCUAAAUGGCACCACAUGGGACUUCAUUGUGCAGUACUAUGUGGGGUCACAAAAGCCGACACUCUAUGCGCCCUAUGGAGACAGAGUCAUUUUCUAUUCGCUUAACGGCUCCCUCUUGCUGGAAAAACUACACGAGACAGACAGCAGGGUCUACAAAGCCAGUAUCAAUCUGAUCGAGAGCGAAGCCAGGACAACCCUUCUGAAAGUUCUCAGGCCUGUGUCCCAGCCGCAGAUAUGGAGCAAUUCUAGCCUGGCAGGUUCACCGAUUGAAUUAUUCUGCAAUGUGCCGGAGGGAACAGUGGAGAACAUUGACUGGGAGAAGGAUGGAGACCCUCUCCCCCAGGAAAGAUAUUACCUUCUUUCUGGAAGUCCCAGUGUGUUGCACAUCGGGAAAGGGGAAAAAUCAGACUGUGGCUCCUAUUCCUGCAAUGUCAGCAAUGAGAUCAGCUGGCAGGAAUCCUCGCUGAACUUGACCAUUGUCAGUAUCUCGCCUUCUCUAGAGCAUGUCCUGAAAAUGUCUGCUGUUGCUCUGGUGUUUGCUCUGGUCUCUGGGAUGGGCUUCUUUUUCUUGUGCUGCCAAUCAGGAAACCAAAGAAUCAAGAGGGAGACCUGGAGAUGGAUGAGCGUAUUCCUUCAGGGGCUGGUGUGUGUCUCUUCCGUCUUGCUGUUCGCUGCUACUGUGCUCUGGAUGCAGGAGGAAGGUCCCUUUGCUGCCUUCAUAUUGCUUGACUUUUUGCUUGUAUAUGUGAUCAUAAUAACGGCCCUGUUAUCAGCAACGUUGGUGUGUCAGCCUGCAAAGCUCAGUGGAUUUAAGACCAAACCAUGGCAGCGUGUCAUCCUGGACUCAGCAGCCCCUGGAGCAGUGAUAUUAGUGGUCCUGUUUGCCAGCCUCCUACUCCAGAAAAUCUCCCGGCUCCAAGAGAGAGGCUGCUCACAGACUGUAGAUCUGACAGGCUAUGCAGUCACCUCAGCCGUAAUCUCUCUCCUUGGCCUUCUAACCCUCUUCAUUUGGUAUCACAGGAGACAAGGAGACCAAAGAGAAAAUAAACGACAUUCCAAAGAGGAAACAGACCAGGAGAUGCAGCAGGAGCCUGAGGAAGACAUGCUGCAACAGCCAUAAAGAGCAUUCCCUAGUCUCAUGCCACCAAGAAUGAUCCGGAAGAAGCUACAAUCAAAUUUGGAAACCCUGUCGUCAUUAUGGCCAGCUCUCGGGAACACCCAUACCUAAGUCCGGCCAAGGCUUCCUCUUGCAAGCCUGUGUGAUUGGUUGCUUAUACACUUUGCCAACAUUUAACCACCUGGGCUGAAAUUUUCACUGCCAGGACUCUGCCUCGGGCUCUGUCCCCCCUCCCACCCCAGAAUUUCAGUAAAAAACUAUUCCAUUGUUGCUGAAAGCACUGUGAGGGGAAAAUAGGAACUUUUUUGCUAAUGUUAACCGAGUUUUUUUUCCCCUUGUUUCUUUGAAGCGCUCUAGUUCCUCCGUGUUUCUGAAGCAGGCAUGGGAAGUUGGGCAAAGUGAUGGGCUGGGGUCAGAGGUGCCUUUUACGGUUCUCAUGAAAACACACUUAGGGCUAGUCUACACUAUAAGCAGUGCAGCUGCGCCGCAGCGUGGCUGGUGGAGAGAGCCCUCCUGUCAGCAUAGCGCUGUUCACAGCAGCACUUAGGUCGGUGGAACUUGCGUCGGUCACGGGGGUGGCUUAUUCACUCUGCUUUUCCAUUGCCUUGGGUUAACAAUUCUCUGCACAUCAGAGCUUUGAUUAGCAGGAGAGGCUUCUUACAGGGGGAGUAUCAAUCUAACUCCCCCCCCCCCCGCCCCGAUUCAUUUGCAGAUGUCUGUAACUAAGAGGUUACACAAGGUCACUCCUACCAGGACUGGUUGUAGAAUCCAGUCCUGUAGGGUAACAAAGUGACUGGGAGUUGGGUUUGCCAUCUUAGUUUUGUUGGUGAUGGAAAAAACACAAGGAGGUAGCAUGACUAGCCAUUACCCCAGGGCCAGCCUUAGGGCCAGGCAAACGGGACCCAUGCCCGGGGCGCCACAAGGGGCUCGGGCUUCCCCUGGCUGGCUAUGGCCGGACUCCUCUCUUCUCCAUCCCCUCCCCUGUGCUGGGCCGGCGGGCUUCUCCCUGCCCCCUAGCCCCUCCCUCCUCAGCGGGCCGGCUGAGGGCUCCAGCUCUGCCUCAGCCCCGGGGAGCCCAGAGCAGCGCGGCUGGGGUUGGUCACUGGCAGCCUGGCCCACCACUCGCUGCCCGGAGCGGAGCCGAGUCCCUCCCUGCCUGCACCCCUGCUCUGCUGCUUUAUGUGUGGCAGGGGCUGGGCAGGCUGGGGCCAGGGGGAGCGAAAUUUCUCUGGGAGUGGGGGAGGGGUCGGGCCGAGCUGGGGGGAGGAGGGACUUAAAGUGACAGUGCGCUCACUGACUCUCAAACUUCCCUAACACACACACACAUACACAUACACAUACACUCUGCCUCUCAUUGUCCCCCAACACAGAUUGUUUCUCUCACACACAGUCUCACACUCCCCAGUACACACUCUGUCUGUGAAAAGGUUCUGAUUUGCUGAAUAAGUUUAUGCUAUUUGUAUGCAUGUAUCCUUUUUGUAUCUGAAGUUGAGUAUUGGCUCUAUACCUGGAUUUCAAAUGGUUGCUCCUGGGGUAAUGCCCACAAGGUAGUUAGCCAGCACAUCUUGAAGGGACUAGUCAAAGUAAGUGGCUCACCAAGGGACACUUAACUCACAGUGGACCAUGGGAGACAACCAUCUACAUUGAAUGGACUUCCCUGUGGACAUUCCAUAUGAAGUAUAGGUAAUGGCCUGGAAGUGAUUGGGGGGGCCCAUAGGAACCAGAGGUAAUAGCGGAAGGUGGAGCGCCAAAACACAAGUUCACCCAUGGCACUAUUUUCACUAAGGCCAGCCCUGAUUAACCCUCAAUACACAAACCAGGAAUAGCGCCUGAUAGUUCCUGUACUAGCUAGCAAAUAGUCAUGUAAGCCGUUCCACUGUACUGCUGUUACUAUUAAAUAGCUUUAUGCUGUACUGGUUCAAACCCUAGCAUUAGUUCACCUGGCUGUCACUAUAGCUCAAUAGGAUGUCAGAAUUGCGUUGGUUUUAGAUGCUAGAAAAUUACUUCUAGAAAGCUACAUGAGAAAGCUACAUGAGAAGAUUAAGGUUGCAGAGGCACUCAAAUUAGUAAAUCCCCGGAGGAAAGAUUGCCCAUGUAAUCACAAAUCUGCACCUUGGGCAUAGGUUUUUAAUGGUGUAGUUUUUAACUGCCUACUUUAAUUUAGUCUACUGGACCCCUGCCUCAGUCAGUGCUCAGAGUGGACGCUACAUGAGGUGAUGGGUGGCAAGAAAAGAACUGUUGUCUUGUAUUGGAGGCCUGAGACUGAAGCGAGACAGAUUCUAUUUCAGACUCUGUCACAGACUUCCUGUGGUUUAUUGGGCAUAUACAGGUGUGUGGGAAGGGCAGGAGUGGACAAUCUCUGUUUGGGCAUUUCCUAACUUUUCAGUGUUGGAUUCUGCAACUUUAAUGUCGCUUCUACAGAGCAUAAUUCCAGUUUCAUUCAGCUCUUGCACCUAUCUGUCAGCGAUGUUACUCAUGUUUUUUUGUCACUGUUAUAUUAGUGUUAGAAUUUUCUUUUAUAGUAUUCCUUUGUCUGUGUUAGGAGUAAUAUAAGUAAAAUGACUGAGAGAAAUAAUA